UUCCGGCGGGGCCGAGGGAAAGCGGGGUGCGAUGCUCUCGGUCCCGGGCGCCGGCUUGUCCUCGGGCUUCGGCCCCGGUGAGGCGGCUUCGGGCGCGGGCGCCGGAGGCGACUUCCUGGCCCGCUACCGGCUGGUGUCGGCCAAGCUCCGCAAGCGCUUCCUGCGCAAGCCGAACGUGUCGGAAGCGUCGGAGCAGUUCGCGGCCCUGGCGCGGGAGCUGCGCGCCCAGGAGAGCCUCCCGUACGCGGCCUGGUGCCAGCUGGCGGUGGCGCGCUGCGCGCAGAGCCUGGGCCACCCGGCGGGCGAGGCGGCGGCGCUGGCCGAGGCGGCGCGGCUCUGGCUGCGCCACGAGCGCGAGCUCCGCCUUCGCCAAGGCCCCGGGCUGGGCCUCUCCGAGUACCUGCCGGCCGCCCACGGCUGCGUGGCAUUCGCCGCCCGCCUGCACGUCGACUUGGGCCAGCCGGCGCUGGCGGCCGGCCUGUGGCUGGAGCUGGGCAACGAGCUACGCUCCGCCGGCGAGCCGGGCCAAGCUGUGCCGGCCUUCCUGCGUGCCGCCGACCUGCUGGCCGCGGGCCGCCUGCCCCUGGAGGCGCUGCACGGCCUGCGCGACGUGGCCUCCUGCCUGCUGCUCACCCGCGACUACGACGGCGCCCUGGCGGUGCUCACGCAGGCCCAGCACCUGGCCCAGGUGGGCAGCGGGGCCGCCUCUGCUGCUUCUUCCUCCGCCACCGGUGCCACCUCCCUGCCUGGCGCGUUCCUCGACCAUCUGCUUCACUGCGAGGUGACCCGAGUCCUGCUCCUGCUCCUGCUGCAGCCCCCACCGUCCAAGCUGUUGCCAGAACAUGCCCAGACCCUUGAGAAGUACUCUUGGGAGGCCCUGGAUGCCUCCUCCGGCUACGUGCCCUCAGAGCUCUUCUUGCUCCUCCAGUCGGCUGUUAUGGCCUGCCAGGAGAAAGACUUGGAGUCCCUGAAGGUGCUGCAGAAGGAACUCUGGCUGCUGCUCACUGCUGAGCAGAACAACCUGCUCCACUUGGUUGUGCAGGAGAUGAUCACCCCCUCUGGUCAGGGGUUCUGACUGUGUACCUGAUGUUACUUUUUCAAUGAUGCUGCUCUUGUUGAGGCAAGGUUUCUCAACCUUGGCAAGGUUAAGACGUGUGGACUUCAACUCCCAGAAUUUCUCAGCCAGCCACGCAUCUUAACUUUGCCAAGGCUGAGAAACCCUGAGAGGAGUUGAAGAACUUAAGGAGAUCUGCAGUAGUCAGAGUUAGUGGGAAGGAGACAGUUAAUCAGAUCUCAACAGCUUCUGUACUCAACUCAUUGAAACUAAUAAUCUUGCCUCUCUGUAUGUAAAUGUUUGUAACCUCCUCAUAUGUCAUUAACCUCCUCAUAUGGUGAGGUGAGGGAACUUCUGGCCCAAAUAUGUUGGAUUAUAUCUUCCAUUUUUAAACAUGCUUUGCCUGUGCCAGAGGGCGUUUUGUUGUGACAUUUCUUGUUCCUUCUAACUUGUCAUUCCUUGAACUUAAUUAUGAGUUUGAGAGAGCUGCAUGGUGCUUACCCGUAUUGUUUACUAUUGGCCCAUAUUUUGUUUUGCAGCUUCUUAGAAUUCUUCCUUCAUCCACAGUGGAACUCAUAUGAGAUUUGCAAUGUUGUCUGAAAACUGUUCAGAACAUUCCCCUUGUUUCAUCUGAGAUUAUGGAAAGCUUUAAGCAACUUUUUUUUGUCAGUGUCACCCACCAAAUAUAUAGUGCAUUCUUC